CAGGGAGUCAGAGAAGGGAGAAAGACAGGUGUCCAGUGUCCCCAGACAGAUGAUGCCCAAGUUGGCCCGGGGUCUUACCCAGGUUCUGUCAUCCAGCCUGGUCAGGUGCUUGUCUACCAUGGUCUGGUUACUCCCCACCAAGGUGCAGCCAUGGAGGAUGUUUGGUACCACUCGGCUACUCCAAGAUGAGAUUCAAGAUUCUGGUCCCCAGGAGCAAUUGACAGUGAAUCUCAUAAACCACCUGGGGAAGAAGAUUACAGUUCCUGUGAGGGAGGGUGAAAACAUGCUCCAGUUGGUGCUAAAGCACAAUUUGAACUUCCUGGGCUUCGGGAUCUGUGAAGGGACUCUGACCUGUUCUACCUGCCACCUCAUCCUAGAGAAGGAAGUCUUCCAGAAGCUAGGCCCCAUCUCUGAGGAGGAGCUGGACAUUCUGGACCUGACCUGUGGUGUCACAGCCACGUCUCGUCUGGCCUGCCAGCUGUGUAUGACCAAAGCUAUGGACAAACAGACCCUCUGGGUCCCCAUGGAGACUGACACCUCUGGAUCCAAGUAGCAGGAGCAGCUCUGGAAUCCAGGCAGGGGCAGGGGCAGGGGAAGGCUGGGGGGAGAAGGGAUGGUGCCCACCAAUGCUGAUCUCUUCUCCUUCCACUUCCCACAGUGAGAAACCCAUUUCUCACCCUGAACUGGGUGCCUAUUCUGGCACAGUGGACAAGGUAAAUACUAGGCCACAGUGAAGUGGCAAGAAGGAGAAAAAUGUGUCUCUCCUUGUGACCUCUGCCAUGGGAAGAGUUUUAAAAUAUU